UCCCUUGAUUUAUUCCCAGUUUUCCCUGGAUUUAUUCCCAAUUUUUCUUGGAUUUAUUCCCAAUUUUCCCUCAAUUUAUUCCCAAUUUCCCUCGAUUUAUUCCCAAUUUUCCCCUUCCUUCCUCCCCAUCAAGCCCCGAUUUUUCCCUCCCCCUUUAACCCCCGGAAUCCCCCAAAAAGCUGGAAUUCUUUCCCUGUUUUUCCCGGAAUUCCGGCAGUUAUCGUGACAGAGAAGACCAACAUCCUCCUGCGCUACCUCCACCAGCAGUGGGACAAAAAGAAUGCGGCCAAGAAGCGGGACCAGGAGCAGGGGGAGCUGGAGGGGGAGAACUCGGCCCCGCCCCGGAAAAUCGCCCGGACCGGGAGCCAGGACAUGACCGAGGACACUUAAAAUUCCCGGAAUUCCCGGAAUUCCCGGAAUUCCCCAGGCUCUUCCCGCUUUUUUCACCCCCCUCACCCCGCUGGGAAUUCCCGGGAUCUGCCCUAUUUAUUUGGGAUUCGCCUCUUUCCCGGUUUUUGGGGUCGCGGGGUUUUGGUGGAGAGGGAGAAACUGAUUCCCAAAAUUCCCAAAAUUCCCAAAAAUUUUCCCGGGAUUCCCGGGUUUUAUUCCCUGUGAGCUCCUGGAAUUCCCGGGUUUUAUCCCCCGUGAGAUCCCGGAAUUCCUCAUUCCCGAAUUUCCUGUUUUUCCUGGAAUUCCCAGGUUUUAUUCCCUGUGCUGUCCCGGAAUCCCUCAUUCCCAAAAUUCCCAUUUUUCCCGGGAUUCUCUCCUGAGAUCUCCCAGAAGAACCCAUUCCCAAAAAUUCCACUUUUUUGGGGGAGGGGAUUCCUGGGAUUUUUUCCUGCUCAAUCCCAGAAUUCCCCAUUCCCAAAAAUUCCCCGUUUUUUCUGGGAUCUCCUCCCUUCCCAAAAUUCCCAUUUCUCCCGGGAUUCCCCAGAUCCCUUCCCUGGAAAAUUCCAGGAUUUUUUCCCCCUUUCACUUGAGGAAUUCCCAGGAAUCCUUCGGAUAUUCCCAAACCACGACCGAGGCCUUUCCCGUUUUUUCCCGUUCCUCCAGAAAAUUCCCGAUUUUCCGAUCAUGGCUGGAGCCAAUUCCUGGGAAUUUCAAUCCCGGGAUUUUUUUUGGGUGGGGGAGGGGCUGGAUCCGUGGAUUUAUUUUUAUCCCAAACUCUGGAAAAGCCGGAAUUGUCAAUCCUUAAA